AUGCCCAACACACUCAACAAGUGCUUCCCAUUUCAUCUUCCAGUCUCAAAGGUUGGGAUCCUUCCUGCAACAGAAGAUGUUGGAUCUCUGUAUAAACCCUCUGAAGAUCACUAUGAUAUCUUCUCCAAUCGAAGUCCAAACUCUGCCAGAGGGACGGUCAAAUCUGCAAACUCUUCCUCUUCAGACCCUAUUGAUCUUCCAAGAGUCUCCCUUCAUAAAGAAUCAAAUGAUGAACAGAGAAGACAGAGUGUUAAUACCCGAGUGGCAUCAACAACAUUGUCGACAAGACUGGCAAUGCCUUCACCUCCCCAGGAAUAUUUGAAUGAACCUGAGCUUCUAGUACCACCUUCAAGUGACUUCUCUGUAUUCUGUGUGAUGACUGAAGCAUGGAAAGCAGACAAGAGUUCUCCAACACUUCUUGAAAGCCAGUGCCAGAGUCCAAAAACAACUGAAAUUAAACAAAGAGAAUAUGUACAGCCUUACAAGCUGACACCCAUUCUCCCAUACGAUCACGACGUUGAUGACGAUGACGAUGACGAUGACGAUGUCAGUGUAUUAUCUCUUGGUCUCGAUGUUUUCAACAAACCCCUACCUGGUGAUGUUCCAAACAGAUUUCAGAGAUUGACUCAUACAAAACUCCCUAAACUCAUGAUACAUGGAAAGAAGAAGCCCGCACAGACUACCAUCAAGACUCCCAGGCCUAAAGAUGCAAAAGACAAUUCUAAAGGUCCUCCAACCAAACAAGCAUGGUCUAACUCCAUUAAGAAAGAGAGGAAGAGACUGAAACAUCUUACAAAGCUCAGCAAGUUCUCUGAACGCAAACUCCCGGAGAUAAAGACCACCAAAGUCAUGAGGUUUGACCCCUCUAGACUUGAACCAUGAUGCUGCCAUCCACUUCACUUCAUACAUGUAACUCCAGGGCCCCGUUUCACAAAGCCUUUUUUCAAUGAGAAAUUACAAAAAUCAGUGACAAAUCUGCUGAUAACCAAUCAGAAGUGAGGAUUUCAGUAGCGUAUAACAAAAAUUGUCAUUUGUCACUGAGGACACGUUUUGAGAAACCGG